GAAUUCAAAGAAACACUUGAUGCAUACGGCAGUUACUGUAUGUUCGAUAGAUCUUGAGACAUUUUAACUUGAAUUUGUCAUCCCUGAAUAACGAGUUCUCACCACCCUAAGGAGAAUUCAGAAUCAAAUGGAAGUUUGACAGACAGGUGUACUCAUGAAGAUCCACUUAUCACUAAAGGUGGUGUUACGCAUUGUAAGACUCUCUUCGACCAUACUGUUCAGAUGGCCACUGCCUCCUGAUGCGAAGCGUAUCGACAUCCUGAAACAUCGGAUCGUAACAGUUUUUCUAAUGUUCAAUUCUACGAUACUUUCCUUUGGACUAAUACUGAAUGUGAUCCGUAGUCAUGAUGACCCCGCUACCUUUUCCUCAAGUCUGACCGAUCUGAUUGCCGUUAUAUCAAGCAAUUUGUUCGCAAUCAUCUGCGAAGUCGAAGCAGAUCGCCUUCAUGUACUGAUAACCGAAGUAACGAUGUUUAUGAAAGAAGCUACUGACGAAGAAUCCGCUAUGGUUGACCUCUACAUGAGCAAAUGUUCACUGCUUCAUAGUGUGAUUAUUCCCUCGGCUGUUGUGGGUCCAUCACUCUAUAUAAUCGCCCCCACUUUUUUAGCUCAGCCCUUUCCGGGUAAAGCCGCAUAUCCGUUUUCGGUAGAGCCACUUUGGAUUUGGGCUUCUAUAUAUGCUUCGCAGGCUAUUACUAUUUUCCACAUCGGAACCUCAUUGAUGUUGAACUUACUCUUCGUAAAUAUGAUCUGGUUUACCGUUGCAAGAUCUGAAAUGGUGUGCACAGACAUUGAAAAGGCGGCCAACGAAACUGAUGUCAACAAAUGUCUUCGAAAGCAUCAAGAAUUGUUAAGUUUCUCAGACAAAAUGUCGACACCUGUGCGUCGUAUGGCUUGUCAGGUAGCAGCAAGCAACUUGGCGGCUGUGGUGUUUGGAGGACUGAUGUUCACUUACAAGUGGAGGUCAUUUGCAUUAUUCGACUUCGGCAUGUUGCUUCUAUUCAUGUUCUUCGCCUUGACUCAGCUGUUUUUGUAUGCUUGGCCUGCGGACUACUUAAUUCGAUCGAGCCUACGAGUAUCAGAAAGCGUUUUGCAUAGCCAGUGGAUGGAAAAAUCGCCGCAGACGCGCAAGUCGUUAAUCUUUAUGAUGCAGAGGGCCACUGACCCAUUAGUCAUCAAAGUGGACGGCCUACUUCCGGUUUUGAAUCUGGAAAUGUUUGGAAGUGCGUUGUCGACCAGUUUCUCGUACAUCGCAACGCUGCUAACGAUUUUCGGCAACUGAACAAGAAAGCAAAAAUUUGCCGGGACGUGAAGAGUUUGUUUUAUCAAAAAAGCCAUACAAUGAACGAAUUAUCAAAACAACAAUAAAUAAUAUUGAGUUGAGCCAAAAACUUUCAUAUUGAUCAUAUAUAUGGUGAUAUACUGAGACGUUUUACGAGAGAAAUACUACGAAAAAUGACCUGCUCGUAGCGUGUGCAAUUCAACUUGCCUAAUUUAGAUCAGCCGACAUCCAUGCUUGC